AUGAGCCGCUGUGGAGCCGAGCCGCCCGAGCCGCCCGAACCGCAGUUGCUGCUGAGCCGUCCGAGCAGCCGCGUUGCUGUGCUGCUGAGCUGCCCGACCCGCCCUGUCUGGGGUGUUCCCCCUCCCCCCUGCUGCCCUCUGUUGCCUCUACUGCUACGGCCGACCUCCUUGGUCUUGAGUCGGUUGGUGCGGCGUCUGCCCCUAGCGGGAGACGCCGCCCUGGCAAGGGCAAGGGGGGCAAGGGAGCUGGAGGAGCGGGCGGUGGAGGUGGAGGUGGAGGCGGUGGGGGUAGUGGGGGUGGCGGUGGGAGUGGAGGUGCGGGUGGGGGGGUCGGUGGCGGCGGUGGAGGCGGAGGCGGCGGCGGCGGUGGCGGUGGGAGCGGAGGUGGCGGAGGAAGCGGCGGUGGAGGCGGCGGUGGAGGCGGCGGUGGAGGCGGCGGCAGUAGCGGAGGCGGCGGAGGCGGUGGGGGUGGCGGUGGAGCUGGUCGCGGGCCUUCGCAGAGGAGUGGCUCCGCGGGGUGGGGGUUUUGGUCCGUGCACCUACGUCCUGCGCACCGGCGACCGUGCGGGUGAGCAGUGUGGGGGUCCGCACCCCACCCAGCGCUGCUUUGGCCGCCUGACGGACGCGUGGCGUCACCAGUUCCCGGAGGCCUCAGAGAUUCCUCGCUGGGGCGAGCUGUCUAGGGCGGGUGUUGCCAUCUUUCAUCUUGACUUUGAUGCUAUUCUCUCUGCCAUGUAUGCUGUGUCUCAUAGUGAUGAGGGUGACUGCUACCGCUGUUUCCCGCCCGAUCCGGGCAUUGAGGCUGCUGCCCUAGGUGCUUGCAACGCUGCUGCUCUAGGUGCUAGUGUGUCUGCGUCCUCAGGUACUGGUGAGUCUGCGCUCUCAGGUACUACGUCGGCUUCGGCCUCCCUCACCUUCACUCUUGACUCUGGGGCGUCUCGCUCCUUCUUUCGGGACCGCACCACACUCACGCCGCUUAGUCGGCCGAUUGUGGUGUCUCUGGCUGACCCCUCCGGGGGUCCUAUACUGUCUCGCUUCUCCAUAGUCCUCCCGUGUCCGGCGGCUCCCUCUGGCACCCUGACUGGUCUCUACCUCCCCUCAUUCUCGACGAACCUGGUGAGUGGUGCUGACCUACAGGAUGGGGGAGUACACCAGUUCACUCCUGCGCGUCAGCGGGUGACGCACUGUACAGAGGCUAGCACAGGCCGGCACCUGGCUACGUUUACCCGUCAGCCGGGGUCGAGCCUGUACACACUGACCACUGCGUCUCCUCCCGUUACUGAGUCUGGUAGAGUCGCUUCAUCCGGUCAGGUGUUUGCUGCAGCGUCUAGAGGCAUGGCCUCCCGUCUUCUUGUGUCUGGUCUCCCCCGGUCCCUCCCUCCCCUUCCUCAGGGCCCUGGCCCUGCCUGUGUCCCCUGUGUCGAGGGGCGCCAGCGGGCUGCCCCUCACUCCUCCCAGUUUCCUCCGACAGAGGCCCCGUUGCAGACGCUUCACAUGGACGUGUGGGGCCCAGCCCGCGUCCGUGGACAGGGUCACGAGCGCUACUUCCUGCUCGUUGUUGACGACUACUCGCGUUACACCACGGUCUUCCACUCGCGCAGCAAGGGUGAUGUCACUGAGGUGCUGAUCGACUGGAUCCACGCAGCUCGUCUCCAGCUCAGGCGGAGGUUUGGCUCGGACUUCCCUCUUCUGCGUCUGCACUCGGACAGAGGCGGAGAGUUUUCCUCUGGCCUACUGCGAGCCUACUGUCGCGCACGAGGCAUCCGUCAGACCUUCACGCUUCCGGACUCACUGCAGCAAAAUGGGAUUGCUGAGCGCCGCAUUGGCAUGGUCAUGGACGUCGCUCGUACGUCUAUGAUGCAUGCGGCUGCCCCCCAUUUUCUGUGGCCGUUUGCGGUGAGGUACGCGGCGCAUCAGAUCAACCUCCACCCCAGGGUCUCCAGGCCGGAGACCUCCCCAGCCUUACUGUGGACGGGGAAGGUUGGCGAUGCGUCGGCGUUCCGGGUCUGGGGAUCUCGGGCGUUUGUCCGCAACUUGUCUGCGGACAAGCUGUCCCCUCGUGCUGCUCCUUGCGUCUUCCUGGGGUUCCCCCCUGACGCGCCUGGGUGGCAGUUCUACCACCCCACCUCUCGAUGUGUUCUGUCCUCCCAGGACGUCACGUUUGACGAGUCGGUCCCCUACUACCGCCUCUUCCCCUACCACACUCCGUCCCUCCCCCCACCCCCGCUCUUCCUUGUACCAGGUCCCCCCCAGGUAGACUCCCUCCCCCCUCAGGGUCCUGCCCCUUCAGGUGUGUCCCAGGUAGACGCAGUCGAGCCUGUCGAGGUCACUGGUGACUCUGGUGCUGCUGGGGGUGCUGAGCCUGGGGGUGCUGGACCUUGGGGUACUGCGUUUGGGGGUGCUGAGCCUGGGGGUACUGAGCGUGGGGGUGCUGAGCCUGGGGGUGCUGAGCCUAGGGCUGCUGAGCCUGGAGGUGCUACGCCUGGGGGUGCUGGGAGUGGAGGUGCUCCGCCUGGAGGUUCUCCGGUUGCUUCUUCUCGCCGGGAGCCACUCUCUCCACAGGAGCUGCGCGAGCGGUUUGCCCAGCGCUGGCGCCGUACUACUGGUGCUGGAGGUUCUUCGCCUGCUGAGGGUGCUGCGGUCGCGGGUCCCGGAGGUGCUCGUACUGGGAGUACUGGAGCUGCUGGGCCUACGGGUUCGACUGGAGCAGGUGCUGCUGAGGGUGUUGGCGCUGAGACUACAGCUGGCGGUCCUACUGGGGGUGCUCCAUGUGUUGCUGGAAGUGCUGCUAGAGCGGGUGCUCCUGCUGAGGGUACUGGUGCUGUCCCUGCUGCUUCUAACGUCGUCACGCGGCCUCGUCCGUACUUUGUUCCACUCCUGCAGCAGGUUCUUGGUCUUCCUCCUUCUACUGGUCCUCCUCCUCCCUUAGAGUGUCCACAGCCUGUCCUAUCACAGUCACAGCUACAGCCUUCCUCCCCUCUGCCUGCUCCUUCUCCCUACGCUGGUCCUACUAGAGGUCUUACUGAGCGUCGUAAGCCUACGUCUCGUCCUGCGUCGCCUGUUAGAGCUGCUCGCGCUAGUGGUCGCAGUUCGCACCAGCGUCCUCCUCCUGUCCCUGGCACGCACCGGAUGUCUUUGCGUCCGUCUACUGCUCCUCUGCGUGCCCCUUUGCCUUCCCCUCCUGAGUCCUCUCUUCCUGCACUUGCCGACCCUGAGUCGGACUUUCUUCGUGCUGCCAGUCCUACUGUCACGCGUCUCCUUGCUACUGUUGUCACUGACCCUUCUUUCGAGUCUACUGCUGCGUCUGCUCUCGUUACUGAGCUUGUCGACUUUGCUGCUUGCUGUCGCUUAGACUACGCUGCUAGUCUUGUCGCUGAGUCUGAGUCUGUCUGUCCUCCGUCCGUCGGGGGUGAGUGUGCCCUUGGCACGGACGUCCUUGAGGACAGGCAGGAGGAGUUCCAGUGUCUGGCAGCUGCUUCACCUCAUCUCGUGUCCGUACUGCUUACCCCUGAGGGAGACCCGGAUGCACUUGACAUCCCGACUCCGCGCUCUUACGCGGAGGCGAUAGAGGGUCCCUACUCCUCUCAAUGGCAGGCAGCUAUGGAUGCAGAGAUGGCUUCCUGGAAGUCCACAGGCACCUACGUUGACGCUGUCCCCCCUCCUGGGGCGAACAUCGUCAGUGGCAUGUGGAUCUUCAGGGUGAAGCGGCCGCCGAGUUCUCCGCCUGUCUUCAAGGCGCGUUACGUGGCUCGUGGCUUCAGUCAGCGGCAGGGAGUUGACUACUUUCAGACCUUCUCCCCCACCCCGAAGAUGACCACUCUUCGGGUACUGCUGCACAUUGCUGCUCACCGUGACUACGAGCUCCACUCUCUCGACUUCAGCACAGCUUUCUUGCAGGGCAGCCUGCACGAGGAGAUCUGGCUGCGCCGCCCACCUGGCUUCACUGGGUCUUUCCCUCCUGGUACCCAGUGUAGUCUCCGGCGUCCAGUCUACGGUCUCCGCUAG